UUUGGUCUUAAAUCAAAAACAUUAAUGUUUUUUUAGCAAUAAAAUUUUAUUCUCCGUCACCUAUGCGUUUUGAAUAUAUCACCAAAAAACAUGUCCGUGGAAGAGGAAAUCGAAUUGAAAGAUUUAAUCGCUCAAACAUUGAACACAAAUGGAACAUUGGCCAAAAUAAAGGCUCAACUACGUGCUAGCAUAUUUCUUGCCCUAGAUGAAGACGAAAAAAUAAGUAAAUACCAGCCGUUAUUAAACAACAAAAUCAAAACAUUUAUGGAAACUAGUGAUGGAAAAUCUAUGUUUUAUCUCGUACACGAGUUUUUAGAAUUCUUCAAUUUGUGCUUCACUCUCGCUGUCUAUGAGCCAGAGUCGUAUAUAGAUUGUGAUUGCCAAAGAGAAGAAAAACAAAGAAUAGCUCAACAGUUUGGUUUGAAAACUAGCGAAGAAAACAGCGAACCACUUCUGUAUCAAAUCCUCAAAAUUGCUCAAAAGUCGAGGAGGAAUUUGGAAGUUAAUCUUAACGUUAAUGGAAAUAUCGAAGAUGAUAAGUCUGACAGUAUUAGCAGUGAAAUCAAAAGCAUUUCAACCCCAGGAAAUAUUUGCUCAGGAAAAAAUAGUGAAGAACAUUCAAAGUUUUCUUUGGAAAUCCCAAACGGACUUAGACAAACAAACUUAAACAGCACUUUUGACGUCCUCAGUCCAAUACUACACCCCAGUCAUAGUAGCCACAGUCAUAACGAAAAUGACUUACCAUCUGCUCAUAAGGACACUAGUAAGAAAUUAGAUAGUACCUAUAAUAAAAAAGAAAGCGACGAUACCUAUGAUGAUACGAGUUCCUUGCCAGAAGACUUGGUUCAAACUGAUCAAGAAAUAGUUCCUGAAAUCAAACAAAAUGGUUUAUUUGAGACUGAAAAAGAAAAUAUCAGCGAUAAGCUGAAAUUAUCUUCUCUAAAGUCUGAUAAAUUAAAAACUAAAAGUAAUUUAAGUUCUCUAUCAGAUCUCCCUCCUCUUAACAAAUCUCGGGUAAAUGACAUAUUACCUUCAUUGUAUAACAAAGGUUUUAAAGAUAAAUCAAACCUUCGUGAACUUGAUAAACUAUUCGAUACGGAUGCAGACUACGAAGAAGAUUUUAUGUACAGUGGAGAUGAUUUAUCUUUAAAAUCUGAUCAUAAUAAAGUUAGUCUCUUAGAAGAACUGCAACAAUCAAACAAAACGAAUAACAAUAACGAAAAGACUGGAAAAAAAGAGACAAAACUAAAAAGUCACAAUAGAAUAAUAUCUGACUGUAACAAGAGCGCGUUCAAAUCCCAGGGGAAUCCCCAAAAAAGUAAAAAUGUCAGUGAAAGUAGUACGGACAAUAGUAUUAUUAGCGAAAAUUUAGGUAGUACAUCCCAGUAGUCCAUGUAUUUCCGGGCAAGACUUUUCUUUUGAAGACAAAGUGUAUUAACUUUGUCUUCUAAUAAAAGUAGGUCCCACUGCCAGUGUUUACCAGCCCGAGUCUUUAAUGGUAGCGAAUGUUCAACGACAGUUCAAUUUGUAUGUACCGUCCAGUUAAGUUUUGUAAUGAUUGGUAAUUUUAGGAAAUUAUGUAAAUAUAUAAUCUAGUGAAUAUAAGGGUGUUUAAAAGGA